UUACACUCCAUCUAGAUCCACUUUACUGAGUCACAGUGACUGACGACAAGACCUGUUGGAGAGAGUUUCUAAUGACGCAACUUUGUUGAAACCUUUGACAAUCAGAAAGCAUCUCUGCAUGGUCCCUUACAGCCUGUCAAGGAAAACUGUUCACGUUUCCGGUGUUGUUGUUGCUCACCCUGACCGAUUGACAUCAGUUCCAGUGUGUGACUGCUGACACUCCUCUCAGCAUGGAAAACACACCUCAGCGCAGCAUUUACCUCUAGAAAAACUCCACGCAACUUCAAUUUGUCAUUAUGGAUUCCUCUACAAACAGUUUAGAUGACGUGUCGGCAGACAGCAGUGCCGAGUUCCCGGACAGAGUGUCUCUGAUGGAAGUGCGCCUGCAGGCGCAGGAGGACGAGAUCACGUUGCUAAAAUCCUCCCUGGCUGAUGCCCUGCGCAGGAUCCGCCUCCAUGAUCAGCUCUUACCAAUACUGAAACAGCAGCUUAUUGCAGUGAGCCCGGGUGCUGCACGAGUUCUGAACCAAGUGUGCUGCUCAGAUGGUUGCAUCAGCAGCAGAAAACUGUCCUCAAGCUCCGGCGUUGACACGAUCCGCCACUCUGCUCCCAGCCAGCUGUUAGACAGCAUGGUGCCCAAUACGAAUGGCCACAUAGGAGGCUCAGAGUCCAUGAAGCCAUCGCCCAGACCAGCAACACUGGACAGGUCAACUCAGACAGAGCCCACCCUCCCAGGGUUGGACACUCAGCGAGUCCCUCUUCCUAGGCGGGUUCAGAGCCUGCAGCUAGAGGAUGCCCUCCCACCAGGGGAGCCUGUGGUUGAGGGGACACGGGGUAAGCUCCACCGUGUCCCCGGUUUGGAAGAGGAUGAGGAGCAGGAGGAAGAUGAAGAAGUAGGAGCAGAGCAGGAAAAGGAGCUGAGUUGGAUGUCAUCAGUAGAGGAGCCCAUUCAGCCCACCACGAUCAGAGGCCUCCAGAGGGAGGACUUCCAGGAUGGAAGCUGCUCUCCAGAGGAGCCAGGUUCUGGCUCAGCCUCAGUCAGAACCUCAGAGCAGAACCUCAUCUCCCGUUCUGGACCCCUGUCCCCCAUCCAGGAAGGAGAGAAGAAACAACUGGUUCGCAGGAACAGCGAGAAACUGGGAAACCCAGAGAGGCAGAGGAAACGUCUGGACAAGAAGGCCGCGUCCUCGGCCAACCUCCUCACCCGCUCCCCCAGCCUAGAGAAUCGGGCAAAGGACCUGGUUGCCAGUGCAGGAUCCCCCGGGUCAAGAAGAGGAACGUACAGCCAAGGACAGUCAAUCAAAAUGUUCAUCCGAGGCCGGCCGAUAACCAUGUACAUCCCCUCUAACAUCCAGAACUAUGAAGACCUGAAGAUGGAGCCGCCCUCUGAAAGACUGGAGCUGGACUGGGUCUAUGGUUACCGAGGACGGGACUGCCGGGCCAACCUGUACUUCCUUCCAUCAGGCGAGGCAGUGUACUUCAUCGCCUGUGUUGUUGUGCUUUACCACAUCAACAACCGCACGCAGCGCCACUAUCGCAAACACACAGACUGCGUCCGCUGUCUCACACUCCAUCCUGACAAGGUGCGAGUGGCGUCUGGUCAGACCGCGGGGGUGGAUAAAGAUGGGAAGCCCCUGCAGCCUUGUGUUCAUAUAUGGGACUCAACCACCCUGGUCACCUUGCAGCAGAUCGGCUUAGGAACCUUCCAGAGGGGAGUGGCAUCAGUAGCAUUUUCUAUUGCUGAUUCUGGAGCGUUCCUGUGUGUGAUCGAUGAUUCAAAUGAACACAUGCUGUCAGUAUGGGACUGCAACAAGGGGACCAAGCAUGCAGAAGUUAAGAGUACCAACGAGGCAGUAUUCGCUGUGGAUUUCAACCCCAGUGACAGCACAAACAUCAUCACAUGUGGGAAAUCCCAUGUGUACUUCUGGACACUCAACACCGGACAGUUUACAAAGAAACAAGGCAUCUUUGGAAAAUACAAGAAGCCCAAGUUCAUCCAGUGCUUUGUGUUCAGCCUGACAGGAGAUGUUCUCACCGGAGACUCUGAAGGAAACAUCCUGACUUGGGGAAAAUCAGCUGCAGAUGUGAAAACACUCGGUAAAGGAGCCAAAGAGACCUUCCAAAUUAUGCGACAGACCCGAGCCCAUGAAGGCAGCGUGUUCACCCUGUGCACGCUGCAGGGUGGUGGUCUGCUCAGUGGAGGAGGCAAAGACCGUAAGAUCAUCCGCUGGAGCGCUGACCUGGCACCUGAGAGAGAGUGUGAGAUUCCAGAAAAGUAUGGGGCAGUUCGUACCAUUGCAGAUGUGGAUGGGGAGGAACUGUUGGUUGGUACAACGCGUAAUGCCGUCCUCAGAGGCACCUUCUCAGAUGGAUUUGUGGCUAUAGUGCAGGGCCAUGUAGAUGAGAUGUGGGGGCUGGCUACACACCCCUCUCAGAACAUCUUCCUCACCUGUGGUCAUGACAGGCAGGUGUGUUUGUGGAACACAGAGGAACACAAGCUGGACUGGUGCAUCACCCUGGAGGAGUAUGGGUUGUGUGCUGGUUUCUGCCCUAAUGGAUCAGUGGUUUCAGUCGGCCUCAGCACAGGAAGGUGGAUGGUCCUCGACCUGCUGACCAGAGAGGUGGUCUCUGAGUCCAUAGAUGGGAAUGAGCAGCUGUCUGUCAUGAGAUACUCACCAGAUGGCAGCUUUUUGGCUGUUGGAUCCCAUGACAACUUUAUCUACAUCUACAAUGUGACAGAGAGUGGCCGGCGAUACACCCGCUUUGGGAAAUGUAAUGGUCACUCCAGCUUCAUAACUCACCUGGACUGGUCCAAAGAUGGAAAAUACAUUAUGUCUAAUUCAGGCGACUAUGAGAUCCUUUACUGGGACAUAGCAGCAGGGUGUAAACUGUUGAGGAACCGCUUUGAGAGCAAAGACAGAGAGUGGGCCUCCUACACCUGUGUACUGGGCUUCCAUGUGAUGGGUGUGUGGCUGGAGGGCUCUGACGGCACAGACAUCAACGCCCUGUGUCGCUCUCACAGUGAGAGGGUCGUGGCUGUGGCUGAUGACUUCUGUAAAGUCCACCUGUUCCAGUAUCCCUGUCCUAAACCAAAGGCACCAAGCCACAAGUACGACGGCCACGGCAGCCACGUCACCAACGUCUGUUUCACCCACAGCGACUCCCACCUCCUCUCAAUGGGCGGGAAGGACACCUGCAUCCUUCAGUGGAGGGUGAUGGGUGGUGGGUCUGGUGACAGCAGGGAGAGACUGGGCUCUGUCUCUGCCUCUUCCACCUCCACCAACUCUCCAGAACCAGCCACCAGCUAGGAAGGACACAGUUAUGAGCAGUGAACUGUUUACACACAGCCAGAGAGGCGUGUUAGUCAGUUAACAGCAGCCACAGUUAACGGCUUAGCCGGGCCUCUGAGGUGCCGCUUCUGCUUGGUUUCAUACAGAACAUGUAGAGGAAUCCUCUCCUGUUGGAAAGUCCAUAUUACAUUUACACUUACACACCUCCCUAGUCAUGUAAAUCAUUGUGAAACUGGACAGUGUGACCUUAAACACAAUAUUUGUUCUGUUGGAUAUGUGCAGAGGAGCAUCAAAAUGUCAUGAAUGUUUGCUGGUACAGAACAUGACUUCUGUGGUGACUUUGGUUUCAGUGAACAUUCCUAUGUUAAGUCCAUCUUGUUUAUUAAACUUAAUUAAACCAAAGUGCUGCACCGUGGCGUAUAUAGCCAGGCUUAUAAAGAUGUUUUCGUAAAGUUUUUACAUAUUUUUAAUAUUUUGAGCAGUGUUUUGUUGACAUCUCAGCUAAAAUUGAAGCUGUGUUUAUGCUUGUAUUAGACAGACUGUGACAAAGCUGUUCCAGUGAAAUCAACUAUCAGCAUUUCUGAUUAAUUAAUUUCUCUAACAAUAGAUCAAUACACUUGAAAUGAUUACUAUAAUACAGUUUUAUAUAUUUAAGAGAACAGUGGGAAUACUGUGAUGUAUCUGUCAAGCUCCCAAUAAAUAACUGAAGACUGGAAAGUG